AUGGCUGCUUCCCGAUAUAGAGAGGAAAUAGCCACCAUAUUCGACGUUUUUUGUGAAAUUGGCGCACCAGCACCAGGAGAAAAAUACGCUCCAUUGUUAACCAAGUAUCCCGAUGAUUUUCAAAACGAAAAUAUUUUGAAAAGUGUGCGACAAUUUGCAUUUCCUUGUCCUAUGAAGCAAAAUGGAAGCGACGCUGUCCAAAUGUUCAGCUUCGUGCUGACUGAUUCAAAUUCAAAAUAUUCAUUCGGAUUUUGCCGAUAUACUCCAAGAAAUGACACAUGUAUAUGUUUUUUGAGCGGCUUUUUCUGGCCAAAUGUAUUUUAUAAAGCUUUAAAUCAAUUAUCGAUUGUGAUGAAUUCGGGAACGCAGAGCGAUGUAGAUUUGUUUUUAACACGGAUUUAUCAUACUGACAUUCCGAACCCCGGUGAUAUUCUUCGAUUCGACCUUAAAAAUAGUUCGAGUAAGCAUGAUGCAAAGAUACCGAACCUCAAUAAACUACCAACGUUACGUGAGGAAAAGUAUCUUCUAGAGUUUUACAAUGCAGUGUCACCCAAGCAAAUAGUUGCUCUUUAUGCAAGUUUAUUGAAAGAGCGCCGAAUACUUUUCACUGGACGGCAAUUGAGUCAACUGAGCUCUUGCAUCCACGCAUGUGCCACAAUAUUAUACCCAAUGACCUGGCAAUCCGUUUUCAUUCCCGUGCUGCCGGCAAGUCUCGUCGACAUGAUUAUGGCACCAAUGCCGUACUUAAUUGGUGUACCAAAGCAAAUCAUUGAAGCAGCGAAAUUGAAAGAUAUUGGAGACGUCGUGAUCAUUGAUGUUGAUGAGAAGACACUUGAAAGCCCAUUUGAUGACGUUGCUGAGAUGCCCACCGAGGUGGUCACAUUUUUGAAAUCUCAAUUGAAAUCGACAUCGGAUAUGAGCGACGCUUUUGCUCGGAUAUUCCUUCGAGCGAAUGUCAUAUUGUUUGGCGACUACCGGACGGGUAUCGUCACCGAUUACAAAGGAGACUUUGUCUGGAAAAAGGACAAGUUCAUCACUGAGCAGAGGUCCACCUUCCAAACCUAUUUGUCAUCGCUUCUCGGCGCCGACGGCGUUCAAUACCUGGAACGAUUCAUUCACGAUCGAAUGGAGAUGUUUCGGCACAACGUCGCGAUUCAUGAUGAAUUUGAGCGGGAAAUUGAGAAAAUGGACAUGAAAAGUCGGGUUCGAGAAAACGCUAGUGAUGUGAUUGGUGCUUUGAAGGACAAAAUGUCUGGGAUACAGAUUGCCAACAAGCUUAAUAAGCUCACGCCGAGAGAGAUUCGACGUGCUGCUUCUCGCCGAAUUUCCAGCGGAAUUGAUUUCCAGCCAAUGUCUUUUGACAAUGUUCAAUGGGAGCAAGCUAGAGGUGAACCUUUUAAUGAGUCGCCUGUUGAGCCGCAACCUUCUGAUAGUGUUCCAGUUGCCAAUUUAAUUGAUUUCGAUAGUCCGAUAGAUAACAAUAAAUCACCGCCAUAUCUGGAAGAAUUUUUGCCAAAUAGUUCAACAUCAUCGAGUGAACGUCCAACAUCGUUGCCUAGUCAAUUUAAUAUAUUGAAAAAUGGAAUAUUUACCGAUCCAUUCUCACUUAUCGAUACUCCCGUCACUGACGGGGCUUCUUCCUCAUCCUCUCGGAGUCAAUCAAGUUAUGCUCCCGUCGCUCCAAAAUUGCCAGCUCCAAGGACCGCUUGGGAGAAAUUUGACGAUUAA